AGCAGACGUCACCUGCGCCCAGAGCUUCCGGUUGGAGUGUAAAUGGAUACAUGACACAGUUGUUUGGAGGAAAGCUAUCUUUCUGAAAACCGUUCACGUCCACUAAACCCCCGACGCGGUUCUGACCCCGUCCCGGCCUCCGGCCCCCCGCAGAGCUGGCCGCCAUGGAGGCCGUCCCCCGGAUGCCGAUGAUCUGGCUGGAUCUGAAAGAGGCAGGGGAGUUCCAGUUCAGCCCGGCCGUCAGGCAGUUCAUCCUGAAGAACUAUGGAGAGAAUCCGGACAACUACAACGAACAGAUGAAGAAACUGGAGACCCUGCGACAGAGUGCUGUAAAUGUGACCAGGGAUUUCGAGGGCUGCAGCACCCUGAGGAAGUACUUCGGCCAGCUGCAUUACCUUCAGAGCCGAGUCCCCAUGGGAACCGGUCAGGAGGCGGCUGUACCCAUCUCAUGGACUGAAAUCUUCUCUGGAAAAACAGUCACCCAUGAUGACAUCAGUUAUGAGCAAGCAUGCAUCCUCUACAAUCUGGGGGCCUUGCACUCCAUGCUGGGAGCCAUGGAUAACAGAGUGUCUGAGGAGGGGAUGAAGGUGUCGUGCACACACUUCCAGUGCUCUGCAGGAGCCUUUUCUUACCUGAGAGACAACUUCAGCCACAACUUCAGCGUGGACAUGUCACACCAGAUCCUUAACCUCAACAUUAACCUCAUGCUGGGUCAGGCUCAGGAGUGUCUUCUGGAGAAGUCCAUGUUGGAUAACAGGAAGAGUUUCUUGGUUGCUCGUAUCAGCGCUCAGGUGGUGGAUUAUUACAAAGAGGCCUGCAGAGCUUUGGAGAACUCUGAGACGGCGUCCAUGCUGGGAAAGAUUCAGAAAGACUGGAAGAAACUGGUUCAGAUGAAGAUCUAUUACUUCGCUGCGAUCGCACAUCUCCACAUGGGGAAACAAGCAGAGGAGCAGCAGAAGUUCGGAGAGCGGUUGGCGUACCUGCAGAGCUCAUUGGACAAACUCACCGAAGCUAUCAAGCUGGCCAAGGGUCAGCCCGACAGCGUGCAGGAUGCCCUCAGAUUCACCAUGGAUGUUAUUGGGGGAAAGUUUAACUCGGCCAAAAAAGACAACGACUUCAUCUAUCACGAGACGGUUCCUUCUCUGGAGACUCUGGCCUCGGUCAAAGGUGCCCCACUGGUGAGAGCUCUUCCAGUCAACCCCACAGACCCCAGUGUCACAGGACCGGACCUGUUUUCCAAGUUGGUUCCUAUGGCGGCCCACGAAGCUUCUUCACUUUACAGUGAGGAGAAGGCCAAACUGCUCAGGGACAUCAUGAUGAAGAUUGAGGGCAAGAAUGAAACACUAGAGCAGUUCAUGGACUCUCUGGGCCUGGAACCGGAGUCAGUCGACAACCUGGACAUGUACAGCCACAUCCCCCCCAUCCUGAUGGAGAAGUGUGCCGCCCUCAGUGUGAGACCCGACACUGUCAAGAGCCUGAUCCAGUCCAUGCAGGGACUCUCGGGUGUCUUCACCGACGUGGAGUCUUCCCUGAAAGAGAUCAGAGAUGUCCUGGAGGUAGACGAGAUCGGCGAGCGAGCCGUUCUGGAGGCCGGCGGCCCCGCUGCAGCCGAGGUGCACCCAGCAGCGCAGGCCCAGGCUCUGGCUGAAAUCCGCAGGGAUCUGGAGAAAUACAUGGAGGCCCACGAGAAGGCAAGUUUCACCAACACGGAGCUCCAUCGAGCCAUGAACCUGCACAUCAGCAACCUGCGUCUGCUGGGGGGUCCGCUGGAGAGUCUGAAGGAGGCUCUGCCUCGGCCUCAGCUCAAUGAAGAGGAAGUGGCAGGGCUGCAGUGUAUGAAGAGAAUCCUUGCUAAGGUGCAGGAAAUGAGGGAACAGAGAAGCUCUUUAGAGAAACAGCUCCGGGACCUGAUCCAGCAGGAUGACAUCACCUCCACCCUGGUCACCACAGAGAGAGCCGACAUGAAGCAAAUCUUCGAGGAGCAGCUGAAGAAGUACGAGCAGGUGAAGGUCUACAUCGACCAGAACCUGGCCGCUCAGGAGAACAUCCUGAAGGCCCUGACCGAGGCUAAUGUCCAGUACGCUACGGUUCGUAAGGGCCUGAGCCAGACCGAGCAGCAGUGGAACGGCACCGUGCAGGGACUGGUGGGCUCGUACGAAGCCUACGAGGACCUGAUGAAGAAGUCUCAGGAGGGGAAGGAGUUUUACGAAGACCUGGAGGCCAAAGCAUCACGUCUGCUGGAGAGGUCCAAGACCGUUUGUCAGACCAGGGCAGAGGAGAGGAGACCCAUCCUGGAGAGAGACUCAAAGAAACCUCCAGCCCGGCCUACAGCAGCUAAGCCCUCCUUAAAGACAAAGGCUUCUGAUGUGGACUCCGCCUGUUCCAGCCUUGACGACCCGGAGCUGGCUCAGCUUAGUGCAGCCAUCUUGGCCUUGGGGGGCGACCUACCUGAAGAGCUUCGCAGCCUCCCCCCAGACAUUCCUUCCCACCCCGGCUCUGGAGUCCGUAUGCCAGGUCCCGAAGCCUACAUCCCCCCUGGUGCUAACCUGGGCGGCAGCAGCUCGUUGCCGUGGCCCGGUGCUCCAGCUGCUGGUCUUCCUCGCUUCCCUGCCAACCUUCCUCCCCCAGAACUCCUGGCACGGAUAGCCCAGUUCCCCACUUCUGGGCCUCUGCCACGUGGACCCCUCCCUCAGAUGACUCCACAGAUGCCUCCUCACAUGCAAAACCAGGCAGCCGUGCCGGGUUACCGACCACCACAUCCACAAGUCCCUCAACCUGGCCCUGUAGCUCCUGCCCCAGUCCGGCCCUCCACUACCACUGUUGAUAGCAUCCAGGCUCCAAUCCCCAGCUACCCCCCUACACACCAUCCGAUCCCACCUGCAGCCUCAACUGGCUACACGGUACCCCCACAGAUGGGGGGUUACCCCCAGUUCAUGCCCCAACCAGGAGUGCCAAUGCAUGGCCAAGCCCAAGCUCCUGCCCCCCAACCACAGCUGCAGAAACCGCCACAGCAGCAGUUUCCCCAGCCCACUGGGCAACCAAUGCCUAGAGGGUACCAGCCUGGACCAAGGGCUUUUCCUGGCCCCCACCCCCCUCCCCAGGCUGCAUACCCACAUGGGUAUAUGCCCCCUCAGCCAGGUGUUCCUCCCCAGUACCAGCAGGCAUACCCAGGUCAGCUGCAACCACAUCAGCAAAAUGGUUAUCACCCCCGGCCUCAGAUACCCCAAGGUUACCAGACUCCACAGGGCUACAUCCCCCAGCAGCACCCUCAGAUGAUGCCGGGCUCUAUGCCAACACCACCUCAGGUCCAGAUGCCACCACAGACUGUACAUCCACAGAUGCCCCAAACCUCUCAGCCAGCACCCCCCGUAUCCCAACCCUACAUGCCCCACCCCAACCAACAAAUGCCCCCUAGACUCCCUCACCAACACAUGAUGCCCCAACAUCCACACAUGCCCCCCGGUGCCCAGCAGCUUCCACCCCACCCCCACUCACAGAUCCAGAUGCCAGGUGGUCCCAGAGCACAAAUGCCCCCCACAAGUCAGCCGAUUCCUCCGGUCUCACAGAACUACAUGGCCCCCACGAGUCAGCAGAUGCCUCCUGCUCCACAGAACUACAUGCCUCCCACGAACCAGAACCUGCACCCGACCAUGCGCCCACAGAUGCCUCCUGCUUCACAACCUCAUAUGGUCCCUGGUCCUCAGGUCCACAUGCCAAGGGGCCCUAUGCCACAGAUGCCUCCUGGUGCACUACCCCCACAACACCAACCCCACCCCGGACAGCCACCGAUACCAAACAUGCCCCAGCAGCCAAUAAGGAUGCCCGGCCAACCACAAGGUCCUCCCCCACAUUCAGGGGGAGUUUGUUACCCAGGAGCGACUCCAAUGAUUCCACAGCAGCCUCUGGCACCACAACCCGCGCCCCCCCAACAACCUCAGGCUCCCCUCCCAAUGACCCAUCAACAGCCUCCUAUAAUGUACCCUUCAGGUCCUGGAGCUACUGUACCUCCUAGUACUCCACAGCAGCCCACUGCCAUGGGCCCACAUGGUCCACAUGUUCCCCCUGCCCAGCACAUGAUCCAGCCCUCUCCUGGAGGUCCCCCUGUGGCUCAACCAACAACCCCUGUCCCUCCUUCUCCUUCACCUUCCCCCUCUCCGUCUCCCUCUCCUGGUCCGGCCUCUUUGGGUGUGAACCCCCAGCAGAGACCCACUCCAGCUCCCACCCCUGGUAGCACAGCUCCACCCAGUCUCCCCUCCCCCUCUACCGUCUCGCCAUCCACCUCGCUGUUUCAGCGCCAGAAUUCAAGCACAGAUGACCUUCUCUCCUCGAGCCCUGAGAGCCAACCAGGAGGGACCAAGGCCCCGACCAACGUCCUGCAACCGACCAAAGCCGACCCACAGGAUGGAGAGCGCCGAAGACGGAGCUCCCAGGGAGUUCUCCUGAUUCAGGGUGACCCAUAUCAAGCUCCAGAGCGUGUCGCCCGCCUGCAUGGUGAACUAGAACGUUACAGGUCCCAGGUAGAUUCCCUGGAGCACCCUUCAGAGAGCGAGGGCGGGCUGUCGGUGCUGGACGCCCGCUGGAAAGAGCUGCAAGACCAGCAGGAGAAGGACGCACGCCAACUCUCCAUCGCCAUCGCCCGCUGCUACACCAUGAAGAACCGGCACCAGGACGUCAUGCCCUAUGACCUCAACCGGGUGGUGCUGCAGUCAGGGAAAGACGACUACAUCAACGCCAGCUAUGUGGAAGACCUGUCCCCGUACUGUCCACGCCUUAUUGCCACGCAGGCUCCGCUCACGGGCACGGCGGCAGACUUCUGGUUGAUGGUUUACGAGCAGAAGGUGUCGCUGAUCGUCAUGUUGGUUUCAGAACAAGAGCUUGACAAGGGAAAGGUUAUGCGCUACUUCCCAACGGAGCGUGGGCAGCAGCUCUCUCAGGGACCAAUCACGCUCGCCCUCAGCACACAGAAGACGACGCCAACUCAUGUGGAGCGCAUGAUCAGCCUGCAGUACCGCGACCAAAGCCUGAAGCGCACUGUUGUCCACCUACAGUUCACCUCGUGGCCGGAGCUGGGUCUUCCUGACAGCAAGAGCAACCUGCUGCGCUUCAUCCAGGAGGUUCAUGGACACUACCUCCACCAGAGGCCCUUACACACACCCGUGGUGGUGCACUGCAGCUCGGGUGUGGGACGCACCGGCGCCUUCUGCCUGCUGUACGCUGCACUGCAGGAGCUGGAGGCAGGAAACGGGAUCCCAGACCUCCCUCUGCUGGUGAAGAAGAUGAGACAACAGAGGAAGAACAUGCUGCAGGAGAAGCUCCACCUGAAGUUCUGCUAUGAGACCGUGUUGAAGCACGCUGAGCAGGUCCUUCAGAGACACGGCAUCACGACCGCCACCUGCAGCAAGAACGCCGCCUCUGCAUCCACAAAGCCUUACUCCAGACAGGAGUCCCAGCAGGAUCUGGUCCUCGGUGGUGACAUGCCCAUCAGCUCCAUCCAGGCCACCAUCGCCAAGCUCAGCAUCCGCCCCCCGAGCGCUACAGACCCUUCCAUGGACGCCCCCAUUGUCCUGGACGAACAAGUCAACACUACCGUACCUGAGCUCUACCCGCCGGGUGACGUCCAGCCCACCCAGGACCCCUCUCCCCCCUCAGACCACCAGCCCCCUUCCUCCUUCAGCCCUCCUCUCACCUCCCCGACUCAGUCUCCUCCCCCUCCGAACGGCCUGGAUGCCGCCUCCCCCUGCACACCGCCGACCAAUCACGAGCCGCACCCCGAGGCGGCGUCCAGCCUGAGCCCGCCCCCUCCUCCUUCCUCGGCGCCCGCUCCGUCGUCUCUGGAGCUGCUGGCCUCGCUCGCCCCCGAGGCCUUCUCCAUGGAGGGCGGGGGGAAGGGGAAGCAGCGGGUGACUAAGCAGAGCUUCCUGCAGCCGGCGGAGGGUGCGGGUCUCCACGGGACCCGCGGAGGGGAGGAGGGCGGAGACGACCCGCUCAGCAGCCUGGACCCUUUGUGGAGCCUCAACAAAACCUGAGACGAGUCCACAAACCGCUGCCUUUUCUCUCGGCUCUUUCUAAAUCCUGCUUUUAAGAAGAUAAACUCAGAGUCCUGACAUUUAGGGGUGUUGAUUACCAAGACGUGCCUGGUGGCAGACGGUAGAGGAUCAGUUCUGAAGUUAGGUCGCUUCUUCUCCUUCCAUCACCGGUGGCUUCUGGGACCAGAUCACUAUGCACUCGUCUGCGUUCCUUCAUUCCUUCUGUCGCUUUUUUUUGCUGCUUUCUUUUUAUUUUAAACGUCUGUGAUGUAUGGAUGUUCUGCACUUAUAGCACCAGAUCUGGGCCCCCCAAAAAAGGAAGAAAUCCCAGCAUGCACUCCACUUUUUUUUAAGCCUCCUUUUUGCAGGUGGUCGUCACUACGGUCUGACGGAGUUUUAACUGUGAUAACGGACGAGAGGAGGAGCCGGGUGGAGAUGUUUUUAAAGGACCCCCCUGAAAUCAAUCAGCGCGUGUAGCUCAGCGGUCACAGAGCAGCAUACGAAUCAGCACGUCUUAACACGUUGAUUUCUCAUCCUGUAACACUGUAAAUAUCUUAAAUAAAGAAAACUAGACUAUUACAGAAAUCACUAAUCAUCAUUCAUCAUGUAAAAUUUAUCAAAUAAAGCCAGUAGACAGAAAAUGUGA